AUGUUGUCCGAAAGGUGUAGCGUCCGGAUUAUUGGUGUCCGGAUUAAAGAGGCUCCACUGUUUAUGAGGGGGGAUGGGAAAGGAAAACUUUUAGAUACUGCUGAAUUACAAAAGGUGAAAGAGGUGCUAGAGGACAAUGAAGAAAUAACCAAACACGCAUAUGGCCUUCCUGAUGGAUUAGGGAGGGAAUGCAAAAUGGUUCUGUGGAGCCAUCCAGGAAAUGAUGUUACAGGGAUGGUUGUACGCUGUGAAAAAGUUGUCGAUACCACAGAAAAGUUACUUGGAGGAGAAGUUUACCAUUAUCAUACAAAAUUCAACAUGAAAGAACCACACACAGGGGGCAGUUUCUUAUGGUAUCAAGACUAUGGAUACUGGUACAAGAAUGGGUGUCUGUUCCCAGAUAUGUCAACAGUUUUCCUAGCAAUAGACAAGUGCAACAAGGCAAAUGGCUGCCAGCAGAUCCUGCGAGGUUCUCACAAAUGUGGAAGAAUUGAACAUUUGAUGAUUGCAGGACAAACUAGAGCUGAUGUAGAGAGAAUUAAAGAAAUUGAAAAAUUGUGUCCCAUGGAGUUUGUGGAAAUGGAACCUGGGGAUGCCCUGUUCUUUCACAGUAAUUUGUUACACACAAGUGGUCCUAACAACAGUGAUUUGAGGAGAUGGGCAUUUGUUACAGCAUACAAUACCAAGGCCAAUAACCCUGUCAUUCCUCAUCAUCAUCCACAGUACACUCCCCUGAAUAAGGUGCCAAAUUCUGCCAUCAGAGAUUGUACCAACAUGACAGAUAUGACUGGAAAAGAGUUUUUGAACCCAGCAAUUGAUAAAACUGUCAAAGCUAGUGCAUAGAAAAGAGCUGGACAUGAAAAAAAUCUUAUUAUUGCAAAAUGGAUAGAGAAUCUG